AUGUCUUUCUCGCGGCCAUCUCAGCGCGACGAUUUCGAGAUUGCAAUUGUCUGUGCCUUGAAAGCCGAAUUCGAUGCGGUUUGUCUCGUCGUCGAAGAGUUCUGGGACGGGAACCAAGAUAUCUAUGGAAAAGCAAACGGAGAUAUAAAUUGCUAUCGAACUGGUCGCAUCGGCAAACACAAUAUUAUACUGCUACAACUCCGCCAAAUGGGGAAAGCCCAUGCGGCAGCUGCUGCGGCCGGCCUUCGCUCAAGCUUUACCAGGUUGCGUUUAGCAUUCUUAGUUGGGGGCUGUGCUGCAGUUCCUCAAAGUGAGAAUGCCAACAUCGUGCUGGGCGACAUUAUUAUUAGCACGGGCAUUGUCCAGUACGAUUUUGGCAGAAAAUUUCCCGACAAGUUUAUACGCAAGAACACAGGUCGGGAUAAUCUUGUCAAGCCGUGCAAAGAAGUUGGAAAUAUCUUGACUACACUUCAAACACCCGAUAUAACAAAUAAACUCACGGAAAGACUAGCGACUUUGCUAAUCGAUCUCCAGAAGAAUGCACAUAAUAAGGGGUACGGAUCAAGAUAUGGAUAUCCUGGAGUACAUGAAGAUAAGCUAUAUAAGUCUAGUUAUCAUCACAAACACCGCGACAUGGGAUGCCCCACAUGCAGUAUGGCGGAUGAUUCGACGUGCGAUGAAGCACGAAUUACUAAUUGCGAGGACCUUGGGUGUGGAGUGGCUGGCUUAGUGGCUGGUCGCCAGCGACUCGAAGAAAAGCUUCAGUCAUGUCGGAAUGAUGAUAUGGCGUACCAAAACCCAGACAUUUUUUUCGGCUUAGUUGGCUCGGGAGAUUCAGUGAUGAAGUCCGGAUGUGAUCGAGAUAGACUAGCCGAGGAAGAGGGGGUUAUAGCCUUCGAAAUGGAGGCAGCUGGGUUCUGGGAAGAUGUGCCGACUCUCGUGGUUAAAGGCGUGUUUGACUACGGAGACUCUCAUAAAAAUAAGCUGUGGCAUCAUUUUUCUUCAGCAACAGCGGCCUGUGCCGCCAGAGCAAUCAUCGAGCGUCUGGCUCAGACAGAUCAACGUUCAACUUCGAUUUACAAAGAGGAACGCUCGAAAGGCGAAUAGUUCAUGCCCAGUUGCAAUUUCUCGAAUUAAUUACAUUCAAGGCAGUGAUAUGCAUUACCAUUCUCAUCUGGGCAUUAAAACAGUAGGGGUCGUUGAUUGAGAACCGACUUUCGCUGCGUACCUAUGGUCAAACAAACAAAAGGUUAGGCUCAAGCUGUGUCAGUCUAUUUUUGGGGUAGGGCUGUCUGGGCUUGGUGAGUCUCUUUAUGGU